AUGGCAGAGCCACCAGUUAAAGAUGAUUUGGAGACACCAAAUAUCAUCCAAAAGCUCAAGGCAGAGACCAAGCUGCAUGUCUACAAAGACCUUCUCUUGAAAUGGUGGAUAUCUGACAAAAAACCCGAAAAAUCCAUUAUAAACUAUCUUAUCUCCAUGAUUUAUAAUGGCCUGGCGAAGACCGUGUCCUUGAGACAUACAAAAGCUGAUCCCCUUCUUGACAUGCUGAUCCAUAAAGACCUAAAGCGUGGCCAGGUACAGGCCUUGGUCGACAUGUUGUUACCAAUUGCCAGUGGCGUCAUUGACAGUGAUCCAUCCAUAUCUACAUCUUUGACGGACGGGUACGAGGCACACACGAUACCCUGGGGCUACUAUUCUGACCCCUGGGACCACGGAACCCUGUUGAUGCGAAACAGAUGGUACAAUCUCUAUGAGAAGAUCCCAGACCUAGAGUAUAUGUUGAUAUUGGUGCAAGCGGAUACCUUCAGGGAAAUGUUAUGGGGUCUCGAGCCAAAGCUUUGGAAUGUCAUGGUAGCCGCCCUUCAUCAAUAUCGUACCAGUAUCAAGGUGUUUGCCGAGGUUACCCAUCUAGAUUUUAGAGGGCCGUUUACUGCUAGAACUGGACUGCAUUCUCUGGAGCUUGCGUAUGGGUAUUUUAAAGGGAAACGACUGACUGACUACUAUCCGCACAACUUAGUUGUCAACGAUAUUACAGGAGGACUCUAUAAGUCCCCUAAAAAAGUCAAUCGGUUUACAUUCUGCAAGAUCCUUUAUUCUUCCGUCAGACAGCAUGUGCGGCCGAUCGAGGAAGAGUCUGAGGAUACCGGUGACAUAUCCCCUAAUAGCGAUUCCGAAGAACCCAUUCUCAUGGCUCUAAUGGACUGUAGCGAUACCCGCGGAAUCGGCGUCCGUUCUCUGAUUGAAAUCAGCGAAGGUGUCACCAUUGGAGCUUUAGAGGGUAGAGUAGUGCCGCCUAGGAGGGCAGUUCGUCAAGUCGACAGCUACCCUCUCAUAUCGGGAGGCGAUCGUGGUAUUGCUACAACCACCGCUACGGUGAAUUCUAAUAACUGGUGCCUAUUUGUGAACCACUCUUGUCAACCCAACGCUAAAUUCAUGCCUGGCAAUUAUCUGGGUGUCCCUGCGGUGUUAAUCAUCGCAACGAAAUGUAUCGAGCCAAUGCAGGAAAUAACCGUACAUUAUGGUGAUUCCUUCCUAGACUCCGCGGACUGGGAUUGUUGUUGCAACAGCUCGAACUGCAUAGAAAAGGUUCUUGAGUCCGACGGGGACCUCUCUGCAGUAGACGAAGGAAGCCCUAUCGAGUACCGCUAUGAGAAGAAUGAAGCCCCAUGUAGCUAA